AUGGAUGAUUCCAAGAUAAAGAACUCAAACUCUUCGUCGAGAGCUGCCAAUCCGACCCUUGGUAUUUGUUGCUUACAUGUGACAGGUUGCAGCCUUGAACUUUGGGGAUUUCUACAACUUGCAACGGUUCUUCCACCUACUACAAAUAUACUAGAUGCAUAUUUAAAUGGCUCUAGUGACGAGCAGGUGAUUAUAGGGUUUAACAAGAAAUGCAUUCAUUCAGAGUUUGGCAUUGUUUUUCACUUCAUUUUACAAGUUUCAUAUCCGUGUACUGGAAUCCACACAAGAGAACACUGCUGCACUUUUAAUGGGCCUUGA